AUGAAAUAGACUUCUCGAUUCGAUAUUAUAAAGAAUGAAUUAAUUUCUAAAAAAAAGUGGAAGAAUGAUCAAGAAAUUAGUUAAUGUGGAAUGUGCGAUAAUAAAUUUAAUGCUUUAUUUAGACGUAAGCAUCAUUGCAGAAGAUGUGGAUAUAUUUUUUGUUAAGAGUAAAUUGAUAUAAACAUGUAGUUGUUCAAACCACUUUUUAGAUGGACCUCCUAAUGAAGGGGAGAAAAAAAUUCGUUUUUGUAGGCGUUGCUAUGAUAAAAUUAAUUAAUUGAUAGCUGACAAAGGAUUCUUUGUAGAUAAUGAAGAUUCCACUUUAAAAACAUCCAUAUAAAAAGACGUUAAUUCUCAUUCAAGAAAUGCGUCAAAAUAAUUUGAAAGUACAACCACAUUUACUUCAUCCAAAAGUAUUAUUAUCAAGGGAAAUGAAUAAUAAUAAAUAUAAGAGGAGGAUGACACACUCUUAGAGAUAUAAGAAAAGGAAGACAUUUCUGAAUUUUUUGAAGAGGCUGAUAUAUCCAAAGAUUAAUUAACAAUUUUAUAGGAAAAAAGUGCCAAUCAAUUAGAAAAAAUAUGUGAAUACAUUUUGCAGAAUGUUCUUUAACCAAAUAAAUCCUAUGAAAAAGCUAUUGAAUUUUGGAAAUCAAAAAUGAAAACAUUGAUUAUUCAAUGCGUGUAAGAGAUUUAAUUUCAUUCUCUUAACACAAAUCUUAUGGAUAUUAAUCAUUUCAUGAAAAUUAAAAUUAUUGAUCAUAAUGAUGAAUAAUUAACCAGUUUCUUCCCAGGUGUUAUUUUUCGUAAAAAUGUAGCUUUAAAAUAGAUGUAAACUGAAAUAAAUAAACCAGUUAUUAUUAUUAUAAUAGGAGAUUUUGAUAUGGACGGCUCGUAAAAUUAAUUAGAAGACUAUAUCUAAAAUGAAAAAAAAAUCCUAGUUGAUUCAAUCAAUUAAAUUUAUAAAAAUUAUGAACCAAAUUUAAUUUUAGUUGAAAAAAGUGCUAAUAAGAUUGCAUUAGAUGAAUGCCUUAAGAAAAAAAUAACUGUUAUAACAAACGUUAAAAAGAAAGUUCUUAAAAGAGUUCAAUUGUGUACAAAUGCUAAAUUUAUAAGUUUAUCUACUUUAAAAUUAUGUAUUGAAAGAAAUGAAUAAAUAGUAGGUUAAUGUGAGAAGGUUUUUUUUAAAUAAUUUCCAAAAAUAGCUUCAGAAAAAGGCGAAUUACAAAAAGAUAAUACUUUAUGUUUCUUAAAAACUUAAAAAUGCUAAAAAUUUGCUACAAUUACAAUAAGUGGAUCUUCUGAAGAUUUACUUUCUAAGUUAAAAUAAUGUUUUAUUGGAUGUGCUAGAUUAGGGAAACAUUAAGAUUUAGAAGCUCAUUUUAUAACUACAGAAUGCUCAAUGUUCAAAAAUAAUCAACUAAAAACAAUAUCAAAUUAAGGAAAUUUUUUAAAUUUUUUAUUUGAAAAAGUUCCUUUAAAAGAAUUAUUUAUUAUAGAAUUGAAAUACAUAAAAAUAAAUUACGUUAUAGCUGAUGUGAGCAAUUUUAAUGAUAUAAAAGAUUUUUCUAGUUUAGAAGAAUAUAAAUCAAAGCAUCCUACUUAAAGAGAUAAGCUAGAAGAGUUUUCGAUGGCUAGGAUGUGCAAUAAUCCUCAGGAGAAAAAGUCAGUAUUUUAUCAUGGAGAAGAUGUCUGCUUAGGCUAAUUCAUCAUUUUGAAAAUAGCAAACAAGGACAUAAAAUGUGAAUUCUGUCAUUUACCAAAAAUAGCCCAUGUUUCAUUUUAUUAUUGUGGAGAUAAAUAUAUUAAAAUAAGUGUUGAUCAAAAGAAUAGAAGUGGUAGAGUUACAUCUACGAAUGAACCACCUUAAAUAUCAAAUUAAAUUUCAUAAUAGUUUUCUUAGUUAUCAAAUGAUGAUGAACCUAAGGAUAACGUUUAUACCGCAAAAGAUAUAAGCAAAAUUGUUUAGUAAUCUCAUUUCAAUCAAAAAGGGGAGAAAAAAAAAAUAAAAAUAGAAACUUAUAUUUAAUGUAGUAAAUGUGAUUUAAGUUCAAAUAUUGUUAAAUUGUCUAGUUAAAAUUUAGAUUUUUCCUUUUUUAGAUUUAUGUAGACCAUAUUGAUAACUCAACCAAACAUUAAUGAAAGACAAAAUAUUUGCUAAACAAACAAUUGCAAUCAUUAAUUAUAGAGAAUAUUCACUUAUGACGAGUCAAUGGUAAAGAUAUAAGUAGGAGAAGUAGAAGUUUACUCUACUGUAAUCUAGAAUACUUUAAGUUAAGAAAUACUUGACAAUUUGAAAAAAUGGGAAGAAGAUUACAUAUAAAAUUAAAAAAAAGAGCUUUAUCAAAGAAUUAUAAGUAUUAAUUAUUAAAUAACAUAAUUAACUAAAACUCUAUCCAAUAAUGUUAUAUAGGAUGCUAUAGAAAUAUAUUUUAAUGAAAAAUAUUUGCAAGAGAAAUUUUUAGAGAUGAAUUAAAUAUCUGAUUUACAAAAUUUUACUAAUAAUUUAAGUAUUUAAUUUCAAGAGCUUGGCGAUUAAAUAAAAGUGGAAAUGAAAAAAUUUCUUCACAAAAAUUCUGUGAUAAAAAGUUAAAAAGAAUUAGAUUAUUAAUCUUCAAACUAUAAAGUGCAUUUUUCUGGAUAAGAUUAUGAAACAAUUCAUUCUGAUAGCAUAGUUGUUGAGGAUUUUGAGAAUUAGAGUUAAUAAUUAGGAGAUAUAAAAUCACCGAAUGGAGGCAAACCAAUGAAAACUUCAUCAAACAAGAUUCCUAAUAUUCAAUACUCUGUCAAGGAUUUAGACACUAAUCAAUCUUUUAUUGGGGAUAAAUAAUAAAAUCCCCUAAAUAAUUUACUUAAAGAAUGGCCAUUAUGUCUAUUUUAAGAAGAAUAGAACAAGGCACGAUUAUGUGAUAAAAAAAUAAUUCCUUUUGUGGCUAUUUUUGAAAAUCAUCCAUUGUCUUCUUUAGCCUUUGCUUUAAAUCACCCAAAGUAUCUCAAAGCAAUAAAUUAUUAUGAAAGUAUAAAUAUUUAUUAAACUAGAUUUUUAAAAGUCUGAUUAGGAAUAAUAAAAGAGGAUUUUAAGUAAGUUAAUGUUAAUGAAAUCUGGAUAAUAAUCAGAUAAAUGGGAACAAGAAGAGUAAAGUCUUCCAAGAGAAUCAUAAUCAAUAGCAAAUGAUUCUAAUUUAAAUACAACUUAACAGUAGUCUAUCCCUUAAAAAAAGGAAAAGAACUACAUUACAAUCACAUUAUAAUAUGAUAAAAUAAAGUGUAUGAAACCAUCAAUGAGUAGAGACUUAUUUCAAGAUGAAGAUAAAACAAUAUCAUCAUAAUAAUCAAUUUCUAGUGGUUUAGGAAAUUAAUAGUUUUCAGCUAAGAAGUCAAAAAUUUAAGAAAUAUUAAUUUAUUUUCCAACUCAAUUUGAAGCUUUAAGAGCUUCUUUUGGAAUUACAUUAAAUUUAUUUUUAAAAUCUCUUAGUGUAACAGGAUCUUGGAAUGCCAGUGGUGGAAAAUCGUCAUCUAAAUUCUUCAAAUCUGACAAUGAAUUAUUUGUUGUAAAGAAAUUGGAUGAUGAAAAAGAAUUUAGAAUGUUUGAAUAAUUUGCUUUAGAAUAUUUUAGAUAAAUGCACAGACAUUUUUAUGAAUCCUAAAAACCUUCAUUACUUUGUAAAAUAUUUGGGAUGUAUGAAAUUAGAGACAAAGGUAAUCCUGAAUUUUAUUUAAUUAUGGAAAAUUUGUAUUAUGGUAUAGGAAAUCCUAAAGAUUUAGUGGUUUAUGAUUUAAAAGGAAGUGAAACAAAUAGAUGGGAAAAGAAAGUCAAUAAGGUUUUAUUAGACACUAAUUUUGUAAUUGAUAGAAAUGCAGAACCAAUUCUUUUACAGAAUGAUUGUUACAUUUACAAUGAUAAAGCAUUUUAAGUAAAUUUAUUAAAUUAAUUAAUAGAGUGAUUGUAAAUUUUUAUUAAGGAAAUAAAUUGUUGAUUACUCUCUUCUAUUAAUUAUCAACAAUAAACAGAAAAAAAUUCGAAUGGGUAUUAUCGAUUAUUUAAGAUUUUACACUUGGGAUAAAGAAACUGAAAGGUUAUUGAAAUUUGUGCUAAAAGGAGGGAAAGUAAUAAAAUUUAAAUUACAUAAGGUUCCGACUAUUAUCAAUCCUAACGAUUACAAAUAAAGGUUUUUGACUGCAAUAGGAAAAUAUUUUAUACAUGUUUGAAAAAUUAUGUUGUAUAUAUAUAUAUAUGUAGAUUUAGAUUUUUUAG